UAAACUCAUCACUCAAAUGCAUUUGUUGCAAUUGUAAAAAGAAAAACCAAAACAAAGCUCAAUCAUGGCUACUCGGAGAGAAGUACGGUGCCAGUGCGGCAGACGGAUGUGGGUUCAACCAGACGUCCGUACUGUCCAAUGCUCAACCUGCCACACCGUCACGCAGCUCUACUCGCUCAUGGACAUAGCGCGCGGUGCAAACCGCAUAAUUCAUGGGUUUCAACAGCUACUUAGACAACAUCAACCGCAACAUCAAUAUCAUGAACAACAACAACAAAUGAUGGCUCAACCGCCACCGCGGCUGCUUGAGCCCCUUCCCUCGCCGUUUGGGAAGAAGAGAGCAGUUUUAUGCGGCUUGAACUAUAAGGGAAAAAGUUAUAGCUUGAAAGGUUGCAUCAGUGAUGCUAAAUCCAUGAGAUCUUUCUUGGUUCAACAAAUGGGUUUCCCUAUUGACUCUAUUCUCAUGCUCACAGAAGAUGAAGCAAGCCCGCAGAGAAUCCCCACGAAGAGAAACAUUAGGAAAUAUGAAUGGGAAGAUCAUAGAUCAGUCAGAGCUUACAAAGGAACAGAUGGUGGAGCAGCUUUCUGUUUCAGUGCUUGUGACGAUGAUGAAACCAGUGGUUACACUCCUGUAUUCACGGGGAAGAACACAGGAGCCAUGACUUAUAGCUUUAUAAAGGCGGUGAAGACCGCUGGACCAGCCCCCACAUAUGGCCACCUGCUUAACCUUAUGUGUUCUGCAAUACGAGAGGCCCAGUCUCGUCUCGCCUUUAACGGGGACUACGCAAGCUCUGAUGCAUCCGCGGAGCCACUGCUAACAUCAUCUGAUGAAUUCGACUUGUACGCGACAAAGUUUGUACUCUGAAAUGCUGUACAUAUGUAUAUUGCUUAUUCUGCAAAUUGCUCGGAAACGUUUUCCACAUAUACACCUACUUUUUCUACCUGUAUGUAUCAUGUAAUGAUGAUGUCUGCAGCAAAACUUGUAAAAGCUGCAUAGCCUCUCUCUUCUUACGAGCAAUAAAGCUAUGAAAUGAUUGAUUCG